AUGUGGCCCAACUCUUGGAAGUGGCCUUCGGGGUUUGAGAAGAGGAGGCCUCCUGGAGGCAGCUGUGAGGCGGAGGGCACAUUUGGGGAGGUCCCCUGGUUUCUGCCGUUGGACAUGGCUGGGGCCAUUCCCGACUUGAGGUAUCUUCAGCGGGCGCCAUGUAGCUGGCUACCUCUCUUGCUCCUUCUGCUGAGUGGGCAACUCCAGCUGCUGUCGUGUGCCACUCUGAGGAUCUGUGCCUUCAACAUCCAGAGCUUUGGGGAGGCUAAGGCCAAGCGGCCGGAGAUCAUGAGGGUGCUGGUCAAGGUAAUCUCGCGAUGUGACAUCUGUCUGGUGCAGGAGGUUCGUGACAGCAAAGGCACAGCCAUGUCCCUUCUCCUCCAGGAACUGAACAGGGCUGACCCUGGCCAUCUCUACGAGGUCCUAGAGAGCCGGCGCCUGGGCCUGGGAAGCUACAAGGAGCAGAAUGUCUUUGUCUACAGAGCAGAUGUGGUCUCCAUCAUGGAUUCCUACCAAGUCCCAGAGGCUGAGCCAAGUCAAGAAGAAGCCUUCCUUCGGGGCCCCUUUGUUGCCCGUUUCUGCUGGCCAGACUCAGGUAGCCACUCUUUCUCCUACCCCGCUUUUGUCUGCGAUUCUGUCAUCAGGGCCAACCAACCUGGCAGCUGCAAUUUGGUGCUUCUAUCUCACCACGCCUGUCCCCGAAAUGCACCCCGAGAGCUUGAUCAGCUCUACAGGGUUGUGCAGGAUCUGAAACGGCUUUGGGAUGUGCAGGAUGUCAUGCUGCUUGGGGACUUCAAUGCGGGCUGCACAUUUGUCCCUCCAGAGGCCUGGCCAGGCAUCCGCCUAUGGCAUCACCCAGACUUCCACUGGCUAAUUGGGGACCAGGUGGACACAACAGUCAGCAGGAGGACCCACUGUGCCUACGACAGGAUCAUAGUGCAUGGCAAGGCUCUGCUCCAGGCCGUGGUACCUGGUUCUGCCAAAACCUUCAAUUUCCAGAAGGAGCUGGGCAUGUCUGAAGAAGAGGCCCUGCAAGUCAGCGACCACUAUCCUGUAGAGGUUUGCUUGCAUACAACUCCUGUGGGGCACCAGGAGCUUUGA